AUGUCUGACUCCAACACACUGGGUGUGAAGAGAAAGAGAACGCAGUCCCUUCCUCCGCCAGAACUCCCCCGUCUCGUGGCCGAACAACACAAUCCUAUUCCGACGAGCGACAAGGACACAAAGCGAUUGAUCGUGGUGUUAUCGAAUGCCUCCCUCGAGACAUACCGCGCUGCCCACAACGGCAAACCUGGCAAAGAAGAGAAGUAUUCGCUGUUGAACAGCGACGAACAUAUCGGCGUCAUGCGCAAGAUGGGUCGCGAUAUCAGUGACGCACGCCCGGACAUCACACACCAGUGCCUACUUACCCUCCUCGACUCUCCCAUCAACAAGGCCGGAAAGCUGCAAAUAUUCAUCCACACCGCUAAAGGCGUACUAAUCGAAGUCAACCCAUCCGUACGAAUUCCGAGAACGUUCAAGCGUUUCGCCGGUCUUAUGGUUCAACUACUACACCGACUGUCCAUUCGAUCAGUAAACUCGCAAGAAAAACUGCUCAAGGUCAUCAAAAACCCAAUCACAGAUCAUCUACCGCCGAAUUGCAGAAAGGUCACAUUGAGUUUCGACGCCGAUGUCGUGCGAGUACGAGAUUAUGUCGACAAGCUUGGGUCCCAGGAAAGCAUUUGUGUUUUCGUUGGUGCCAUGGCCAAAGGAAAGGACGAUUUUGCCGACGCAUUCAAGGACGAAUCCAUCAGUAUCAGCAACUACAGUCUCAGCGCCAGUGUUACUUGCAGCAAAUUCUGCCACGCCUACGAAGACUCCUGGAAUAUUCUCUAA